CAACCAACCAGCAACACACUCAAAGUGCUUGGAGAACCAGCCGGGAUUCUUGACGACCAUCGUUGAGGAUCGGAACGACCGGAGCCAUUGGCUCAUUCAACGUGAGGGGGACAACAGACCAAUCGAGCCAUCAUUCACUCAUCCGAAUAUAAUCACAUUGUAGACAAGGAGGAGGAGGAAAAAAAAAACCAUAGUGGUCGCUUAUAUAUAUUUCGUCUUGAAGAAGCUUCACCCCUCGGCUGUUCCAAGUUGCCAAAAGAGCGACAAUGCCAGCGACGAUGGUGAUGAUCGAUGGACGCCAGUCUCACGAAGAACGGAGGACGUCAGACGAGCGAUUCGUGCUCGAAGACGACGAAGCUGAGAAUGACAAGCUGGAGCUCACCAAUCUGAUCCCAUCGCCGGCCGUCCCUUCGAAAUUCCUCUUGGCAGAAGAAGAAGGAGAAACUCCAGCCGGUCCAUGGGGCUUAUGGGGAUUCUACAGUUAUUCGUUCGCCUCUGAGGUCUUUGCGAUCGUCUCAGCCGGGUUGUUUAUGCCCAUUACACUCGAACAACUUGCACGGGACAACGGCUAUGCGUUUCCGGACCACCAGGCCGCCUGUUCGGGCUCGCUCAAAGCCACCCCGGCCAACCAGGCUUCGCCGUCAGAUUUCGGUAGUCUUAGUGGGUGUGAGGUCAAAUUGCUGGGCAAUUGGAUCGAUACCGCCUCCUUUCCUCUCUAUGUCUUCAGUAUCAGUGUGGCUAUUCAGGCAUUCGUCGUCGCAAGCUUGGGCGACGCCGCGGAUAAUCCCAUCAUGCGCAAGUUCCUCUUGAUCCUGUUUGCCGGCAUCGGAAGUCUCUCCGGGAUCUUUUUUUUCUUCUUGGACAGCGCAUCAUCUCUUUGGUCACUGACUGCCAUCUUGGCCAUCCUGGCAAACGUUGCACUCGGCGUCAGUGGGGUGUGUUUGAACAGCUUUAUACCCAAUCUGGCUAAAGCCACACCAAAAGUCCUGGAGGCUCAACGAGAGCUCAUCCGUCACCCUCUAUCAUCAUUGGCUCAAGACGAACAUUACAAGACACUCAUCUCCACCGCCACCGCCAACAUCUCUUCCAACGGCAUCGCACUCGGCUGUGGCUCGGGAAUCAUUGCCCUCUGUCUGUCUUUGAUCGUCAUCAUUUCCCACGAUGGUAACACUGAUAGUCUGAGGUGGGUCAUCGGCCUCAGCGGGAUCUGGUGGGCAUUCUUCAGCAUCCCUGCUGUCUUUUUACUGCCUCCUCGUCGCUCAGCCGGCCCGUCUGGGAUCGUCAACCCGUUCAAUCCUGCAAAGAGUAUUGCGCGCUAUCUGAGCAUGUUGAAGGAAUACAAGCAGCUCAAAAACACCAUCAGGUUUUUGAUGGCCUGGUUCUUCCUGAGCGAUGCGUUUUCAACUCUGACGUCGACGGCGGUUCUGUUUGCGAAGACGACCCUAGAGAUGACAUCUUCGCAUCUGAUCUUGAUCGGCGUGAUUGUGCCGACGACUGGGAUCAUCGGCGCGUUGAUCGCCCCCAGGAUCCAACAGAAGCUCCAGUAUUGCUCCGGCCUCAACGGCAGUCUCAAGAUGUUCAAGCUCCUCAUCGGCUUCAGUUGUCUUGUGCCCGGAUACGUCUCCAUCACUCUGGUCUUCGGGAUCCCCGUCCUAACUACUGAGGCCGAGAUGUUCGUCCUGGCCGGCGUCUUUGGUCUCUUUUACGGAGCUUUUCAAUCGUACGCUAGGUCGGUCUAUUCAGAAUUGAUCCCUCCAGGACACGAAGCGAAAUGGUAUGCGCUCUAUAGCAUCACGGACAAAUCUUCCAGCUUUUUUGGCCCCUUGGUCGUUGGUCUGAUAUCCGAUUAUACCCAUAACAUUAGAUUUGGGUUUCUCUUUAUACUGCUCGUCUUAAUCCUAUCAUUCCCUAUCCUCAACCAUGUUGAUGUGCCCAGUGGGAAGCUCAAGGCGGAAGAAUACAGCAGAACCGCAAAGCAGUAAUCGAAAGUAAUCUGUCCAUCUAUUUAAUUCUAUCCAAAUCGUCUACUUUAUCACUUAAUAUCU